GGAUACGAGAGGGUGGGUCUGGGAAAAGGGGCGGAAAGUACGAGCGGCAGAGGCCACGCCCCAAGCGGUUGAGUCCCAGAGUGAGUGAGGGGAGAGCGCGGAGUGACCAUGAGGCUCACGGGGCGGCUGUUCUUUCUCUUGUUCUGUUUCCGUGCCGGUUGCGUGUGGUCCCGCUCAGUCCAUGUGCCCUCCGGCCCUAUGGUUCGAGUGGAAGGGACAAGUGUGUCCAUCCCCUGCAAUGUCAGUGAUUAUGAGGGCCCCUUGGAGCAAAACUUUGAGUGGACGUUUUCUUCAUCCGGCGGCUCCUCUGUGACAGUCCUCAGCACAUUUGAUCCCACAUUCACAGCCCCGUCAUACGCCGAGAGGGUGAGUGCUAGAGGGAUCCAGCUAGAGAGGCUCAGCCACAACGUGGUCCUGUUCCAUAUCGGGGUGCUGAGUAAAUCAGAUGAGGGGGAGUACACCUGCUCCACCCCCAGCACCGAUGCCACCAUCAGCGGCAACUACGAGGACAAGGUCCGACUGAGAGUGAUCCCGGACACCCUGACAGUGUGGAGGACAAAGGGACGGCAGACGGGCUCCCGUACAGUAACUGAAGGGGGCUCAUUUCAGCUGCAGUGCCAGGCGCUCUUGGAUGACUUACUGGAACACACUCACCUGUCCCUCACAUGGCAGCUCCAAGGUCCAGAGGGUACGGCCAGUGACGUUCUCAGUUUGUCACAUUUGGGGCGCUUCCAGGCUGGCCCAGGUUAUGAAGAGCGAUACAGCAGUGGGAAAGUGAGGCUGGACACCGUGGGGGGUGACGGAUACCGCCUGACAGUGGAUGGGGUGCGCAGUUCAGAUGUGGGAGAAUACAGCUGUGUGGUAAGGACGUGGGUGCUGGAUCCUCAAGGCUGGGCACAGAUCCAGGAGAAGAAGAUUUCUGUUUCUAGAAUAGAGAUGGAGUCCAUACGUAUCAAUGUAACGGUGCCAGCCUCUGUGGUGUCUGUGAAUCUGGGGGAGCCGCUGCUCCUCUCCUGCCUGGUGUGGCACAACUCUGCCGGGCCAGUAUAUACCCGCGUGCGUUGGUUUCAAUCUUCUGACCUGAAAACCGGCCCUGGAGAACCUCAGGAGUUGCUAGGUGGGCACGACCUUGAUCCUACCCAUGAAGGGGCAAGCACACACCUACUUGAAGUGCCACGUGGGUGGGAUACAGGAGAUUACACCUGCCAGGCAACAGUGUGGGCACCGAGCAGUAAUGGGACCUGGCACCCCGUCAUAGAGAAAAGCUCUGAGCCCAUUAAAGUGCUACUCAAUUUAACAGUGCCAGAGCUGGAGGUCUCACUGAAUGCCACCCUAAUACCUCAGUUCUCGGAGGAGCCGACAGAGCUUGUGUGUCACAUGACUGGAUCUGAUGGGGCCCGCCUGUCUGUAUCCUGGUACUACACCCCAAGCCCACAGAACAGGGCACCUCAGCCUCUGCUUUUGGGGACCCUGGAUCAGGACUGGAUGGUGCAUGUGGGGGAUCAUUACAAGGAACGACUGGAGAGCGGGGGGGUUAUCCUUUCACGUAAGAGUCCCCAAACAUUUGUCCUGCGCAUCCAGUGGACCUCCAACGGAGACAGAGGACAGUACCACUGUGUGGGCACAGUUUGGCAUCAGCAGCAAAAUGAGAGCUGGACACCAAGCAGAGAGGUGGCAUCUAACCCCCUCAGCAUCUCCUGGGAGCAGGAAGAGUACUUGCUGAAAGUCAAGGCCUCGGUGACCAAGGCUGUGGCAACUUCGGGGGGAACCUUUGAGAUGCAGUGCUACGUCGUUGCCCAGAACAUUCCCUCCCCCCGAUACUCUGUACAGGUGACAAUGGAACGAUCGGGCCCUCAUGGUGCAAGUGGCCCCCAAGUCCUGCUGCUGAGUCGUGAAGGAGUGACACACAGAAAGGGGGAAAGUUUUGGGAAAGCCGCGCUGGAGAAGGUGAAGGAGGGAGAGUAUAGAUUCCGGCUGUACCAGGCGCAGGAGGCGGGCACCUACCUCUGCUCAGUCACCGCAUGGACACAAGGGGGAGGCGGGGGCUGGAGGGAAGCAAAGAACCAGACGUCGAACCCAGUGGCUUUGCAGUUUCAGACCUCAGGUCUGAUGUUUAAUGUCACUGCCCAUUCCGACAGCCCCUCUAUUUACCAAGGAGAUAGGGCGGAGUUCUGGUGCAUCAUCACCAUGGGUGGCCCCGGAGUGGAUACAGACAGUCUGGCCUUUGAUGUGUCGUGGUUUGCCCAGAGGCCGGGUCCGACUGUGGUUCUGCUCGUGUCAGUGGAUCGCUGGGCGCAGGUGGAGCAAAGGCGGAGAAACGGCAGCAGUGAGGUGGCCAUAGAGCGUGUGAGUCCCAUGGAGUUCCGCCUGCGCAUUUUUGGCACAGAGGAAGAUGAUGGCGGCGGCCAUUUCUGUUCCGUCACCCCGUGGGUACUUUCUGGCACCGGCGUCUGGAGUAGGCAAUCGGUUCUCACCUCAAAUGUCAUCUCUUUGUCUGUCAGGAUGGACUUGCUGAACACAUUCAAAUACCCUCUGCUGCUGGGGGGCACCAUGGCGGUGCUUGUGGGCCUCCUCUCCUGCCUUAUCGGAUACUGUAGCUCCCGGUUCUGCUGCAAAGCCAAACCAGUCCCAGAGCCUCGCAAAGAGCACCGCAGACUCAUGUCAAUGGAGUUGGACUAAAGGGCAGGGAGUAGCACCAACUGCCUGCUGGUGGGUAUGAGGGGGCAGCGCAAUCUGAUGCCUCGGGACUGGGGCAGAACUGAGAGGCUGGUAUAAGAGUGUGAAUGUCCUGUGUGCCCCAUAUUCUGCUCUGUCUCCUGGGGCAAUUGCACCGCUCUGCCUCUCCUUCUGCAAUAAUUGGGCCCCCAGGGCCCCAACUUUCGGAUACCGACUCGGCAAUGGUUACAUUAACCCUUGCACUCUUGAUGCACAAAGUGUUUAUCACUGUUAACUGUUUUAUUGUACAAUGUGACUUACUGGCGGCCUAAACACUACCAGAAAUGAGGAGAAACCAGCAGCUUCUCUACAGCACUGCUGUUUGGGGGAGCCCUGUCUGUACUGCACUCCAGCCAGGGGGAUUCCCAUUUUUACAGCACUCCAGCCUGGGGGAACUCCGUCUGUACAGCACUCUAGUCUGGGGGAGUCCCGUCUGUACAGCACUGCUGCCUGGGGGAGCCAUACACAUAGAAUACUAUAGCAGUGCUGCCCGUUGUGGGUGAAUAGCAGUGCAGCGGUACAGGGUGUGUGGUGAGUGGUAUAUCCCAUGUAACUGAACUGUUACCGCCAGCAGAGGGCACCCCACAGACUGCACAUUCUAUUGCCACCGGCAGAAAUAUUUUUAUAUUGAUGUUUCCUUUAUCUGUUAAAUAGGUUUUAAGAGCCAAACCUUCUCUCUCCUUUUCCCCCUGCCCUCUUCCCUCAGGAUAUGUGCCCCGCUACCUUCUGCCCUCCCACUGGCCCUUUUCUAGCUUCACUCCCAAUCCAUGGAAACAGUGUGUGCCAGGUCCUGCCAACUGUGAAGACUACACCCCUUUGUAUUCUCAGUGCCACUCUAAUUGGCUGAUAUUUUGCUUCCUUGGUGCCAAGAGUGAGUGACUCUGUGCCAGAGCCACUAUAGUGGCACAUACCUUGGUGCCAAAGCAACUAUCAAGAUUACUUGACUUGGUGCCAGUGAUGCUAAAAGGGCUGGUAUAUUGGUGCCAAUACCAGUAUAAAGGGUACAUGACCCAGUGCCAAUUCCACUACAUAAAGCAUGUACCUUGAUGCCAAUAGAAGUAUGAAUUGUACAUGAUUUGGUGCCAAUGCUGCUAUGUAAGGGCUGUACCUUGGUGCCAGUGGUGCUAUACGGGCCCAAUUGAUUGGUGCCAGUGCCACCAUGUACAGGAGACCCCUUGGGCCUGGAUGCAGUGGAUUUAUUGCACUACCCCCCCCCCCAGUUCUGUGGUACUGUUGCCUGUUUGGGUCUGUUUUCCCCUCUAAGCAAUAAUCAAUAAAAUACCAUUAUAUUUUUUUACCCUC